UGCUUGUAGAUCUACCCCUUUUUACGAAUUACUUAUGAAUAAAUGUCCAUCCUGCGUAUUUGCAACGCAGCCGCGCGCGCACCAAACUGACGUCAUCGGACCAAUCGGACUUCCUCCCGUCUCGCGCUUCCUGCUUCGCGGCUAAAGUUCUUCUCAUGGGACGAUCUGCCUCUCGCUGACGGAGAGAAACCGAGUCCCGGCUCCAACUUCAUGGAUCAAACUUUAACGCGAUCCACGGACACAUUUCGGACUCUAUGAUUCGACCAGAAACAACGAUAUUUAUUCGUCCUGGAGCUGCCAAAUCCUGAAACAUGGAGGACCCAAACAAACUUCAGCGUAAAAUGUCCACAGCAGGAGUCAGCCUGUAUAAAACCCUGGGACUGGAGAAGGGAGCAUCUCCAGAAGACAUAAAGAAGGCCUACAGGAAACUGGCGUUGAGGCAUCACCCCGAUAAGAACCCAGACAACCCGGAAGCUGCCGACAAAUUCAAGGUGAUCAACGCCGCCAACUCCAUCCUCAGCGACGAGAACAAGCGGAGGAUCUACGACGAGUACGGCUCCAUGGGGCUCUACGUGGCCGAGCAGUUCGGGGACGACAGCGUCAAAUACUACUUCCUCAUGUCCAAGUGCUGGUUCAAGACCCUCCUGGUGUGCUGCAGUAUUUUCACCUGCUGCUGCUGUUUCUGCUGCUGCUGUUUCUGCUGCGGGAAGUGCAAAACCCCCGAGGAAGAGGACAACUUUGAAUACGUGGACCCCGAGGACCUCGAGGCGGAGAUCAGAGAACACGAUAAAGGUGAGAAUGCACCGAUCGUGAUUCAGCCUCACGCCACCAACGGCGCCUCGUGAACCGAGUCCCGAUGAAAACCGCGUGGUCGUCGGCAUCCGAUCCUUUUGCCAGAUGAUGAGUAUGAGUUAUGGGUUUGAAUGUGGUUGUCUUUUUCUUUUUGUCUUGAAUAAAUCAAGCAGCAAUGUGAUUGUGCCAUAUUUAAUAUUUCUAAAGUGUGUCACAUGGUUCGCUUCGUCUUUAAUCCAAUCUCAUAUUUAUUGUACUUUUUACUUUUUUUGAAUAAUUGAGCCGCAUGUGGACUGCAAUGACAUCGCCGUGCAGAUCAAAGCUCUGGAAUAAUUUGUUGUUUUUAAUGUGCACUUUAAUAUCUUACGUUGGUGUUUUUUAAAUCCGAAAGCUGCCACGACGGUCUGAGAAUAUUUUCGCACAAGAUGACUUGAGUCAAAUGUUUAAAUAUAUAUAUUUUAAAAUAACAUAAUAUGCUGGUUCCCAAUUGUUAAGAGGCCAACCACUCUGUUCAGUCACACUGUACAUAGAUACAUAUAUUGUAGAGGCAACGGGCUUAUUGAAAUGAUGUACAGUUUAUUAAGACUAACCCAAACUGUUUGUCUGAUAGCCUGUAAAUAUCCCAAAGAGCAUUAAUGUUUCCAUUACCGGAGCAUUAAUGUUUGUAUAAUACGGGAGCAUUAAUGUUUGUAUAAUACGGGAGCAUUAAUGUUUGUAUAUUACGGGAGCAUUAAUGUUUGUAUAAUACAGGAGCAUUAAUGUUUGUAUAAUCCGGUAGCAUUAAUGUUUGUAUAUUAUAGGAGCAUUAAUGUUUGUAUAUUACGGGAGCAUUAAUGUUUGUAUAAUCCGGUAGCAUUAAUGUUUGCAUUUUGGGAACAAUUCAGCAUUUUGGGAGAAACGCUCGUUCACUUUCGUUGUGAAAGUUAGUUUUCGGCUUGCCACUUCUUGACACUGGACUGGAGACGGUUGUAUGAGGGCAGAGCUCCCUGUGCGACGCCGUAAAAUAUCUAUGAAUUGACAAUAUAGCACCAUAUUCCCAAAGUGGGGUUUAAAAACAUGACGACGAUAGGCGGUUUUAUUUCGUGAUUAUGACUCGGUUUGACUUUUACUGCUUUAUUACAUCUAGAAUAACCCAGAGACGUGACAUGAACGUGACAUUCAGGUGAGUAGCCUAGCUUAGCAUAAAUAGCUAGUUGUUGGAGGCGCUCUGAGGCGGAUACGUUUUUAUUUGUUUUUAGUUCCACAAAACCACAGACAGAUUUCACGGAUAACACGUGUGUCUGUUGUUCAGAGGCUUUCGAGUCAAGCUAGCCGUUCCUCCCUGUUCUCAGUCUUUAUGCUAAGCUACGCUAAUUGUCGCCCGGCUUCCAGCGCACAGACAUGUGACCUAUCGAUCUUCUCGGCUAAAGCUCGUGAAGUAAACCAAUAAGAGCGUCUCCCAAAGUAUUGAAGUGGUUCUUGAAGAGAUGAUAGUAGUGCUGCACAUACGGUGACCUCACGAAGCGCGUACGGUACGGAGAAGGCUGAUAUGUUCCGAUGAGCGCGGUCCUACCUUUGAAGAUAGAACCGAUGUCCUGCUGAUUCGAUUCAUUGCUAAAUAUUCCAUGUGGAUGAAUUUUAUUCGGCUGAUCUCGUGUGUGCGAGAUGAUUUAUUGGCCGCAUGUGCCGUGAAAUGAUCCCCGAUGCAGGAAUCCUGUUUAAAAACAAAAAAUAUGUAAAUUCAGAGGUGUAUUUUUGUAUGUUGCCAUUCUAGGUUUUAUUAAGAGAACGCCUUAAAUGAUCUUUUUUCAUGUUUGUAUAUUAUUUUGUAUUUCUGAUCGGUGUAGGAAUGUACAGUUUGUGCAUUUGGUACAAAUCAAAAUUGUAUAUGUGCAUUGUUUCUAGAAUUUAAACUGUUUUUUUUCUUCUCAUGUGACUGUGUUUCUAUACAUUCAACCAAAUCCAGAAAUGUAUCUGAAGUCAGUUUUUUUUAUACUUGAGAAAACACAAAAGUGCCUAAAUGUGUGAUUUAAUAUUAUUUGCUUCUUCAGGUUUGAAUUAUUUUGAUCAAACAAAAAAAGGAAAAAAAGAAAGAUUACAUAUUUUAGUUUUAUCAUCUCAACAUUCCCAUGUCUUUUUGUUUUUCACCAAUCUUUCAACGUUUCCAUGUAAAAAAAAAAAAAAAAAAGUUAUUUUUGGUAGAAGUAUUGUUUUUUCUGAUCAAAUAAACUUUGCUGAUACUGUAAAUGUC